GGACCCGACACGCGCCGUGCAGCAUGACAGAGAAACGCGACCCGGUUUUUGUAGGCGUGCGUGCCGGGUAUAUGGUAACAUUAUUUGGAAGUUGUGUAAUGGGUGUUUCUGGCAAACAGCUAGCGUGGAAUGUUAGAGUCCACAGGCUCCCUGGCGGUGACAUGUUUUCAGGCAUUAACUGGGCCGGACGGCUUGCGUGCGGCGGACACCCUGCCGGCGGUUAUGCGCACCAAUCAUGUACCAGGGUGCUGGAGGUCAAAGCGAAGUUAAUUUUGCCAUUGGUUAGGCCAUUCCUGGUCCAUAUUUAACUGCUUCUCUUCAGAGCACGUUCUGUGGGAGUUUUUAGGCCGUGUUUCCUGCUCGGGUCGCCGCCGUCGUGGUUGGAGGAAAUCACAGUGAGUGUGACUGUACGUGAACUCAUUAGUCAACAAGCAGGCUCUCUCAAACCUUCCAUCCACACGGAGUUUUAGGAGACGUUUGUUGAGGGGUGUUGGUGAGUCACGUGGGAGGGCUUGCUUGUUUCCGACAGACGUCCACUACCACAGACGAGAGAGUGAACGCCAGAGGACAUGGAUCUCAGAACGCUGGCUCCCGUCUUCCUCCUCGCGAUUUGCGUCGGAGACGUUCAGAGUAGCGGAUACUCUUCCUCCAGGAGGCCGGCCUAUAGCGGCUCGAUCCCGACCGGCUUCAGGGUGCGCUAUGUCUCACAGGGAACGGCCGCACGGACCACAUCCACCAGUCAACACAGUAAGGAAAGGCAGGCAUGGCAGCUGAGAGGGCCCAACGUCUGUUCUCCCAAUAGAUGCUGCCCCGGCUGGAAGGUCAAUACAGUUAGUCGAACAUGCACGACACCAAAAUGUGCGUUUACGUGUUUACAUGGAGGGAUCUGUGUGCGUCCUAACCGCUGUAGCUGCCAGGGCGGGUACCGGGGAGUGGCGUGUCACAUCGCGCCUCGCGGCGGCAACACCGGGACAUCAUCCCCGGACGCCGGGCAGAGACCGACGCACGCGGCCGGCACGGCGACGGGCCAAACCCCGGGCCAGGCCGCUCCCGUCCCGCCUAGGAGACGAGGUGACGGGUUCGACGCACAGGCGUACACUUCAACGGGAAGUCAACAGCAGCUGUACUCUGUCGGCCGCCCGGGGCAAACUGUUGCUAUAGCCUCGACCGGUGGCCAAAUAACCCACUUACAAGAAAGGCACGGCCGGCAGAGGAUCACCCUGACGCCGGGUCAGUCGGUGUCCUUUGUCGGAGGAGAUGCCGUCGGCGCCGGGAAGUCCUUGCCGUUACGUCCGGGACAGAGAGUCACCAUCGUCGGUCUGUCGAACGGACAGGGACAGGACGAGCAGAGGCGCGGUGGCGUCAGGGUGGCGCAGAUCGUGGGGACGGGCGGCGCGCAGCAGAGAGUCGCCCUGCCGGACGGGAGGACCGUGUCGCUGGCCGGCUUCAGGGUGUCGUCAGGGGGAGGAGUGUCUCUGCCCAUGGCAGCCCAAGUCAGCGAUGACAGACGAUCAUCCAAAUGUCGGCUGUCGUUAACCAAGUGA